UAGUUUUUUCCACAAAAAAUUCUGUGCGAACAGUAGCAUGUGCCAUUAUUAAUAAUAAUUUUGAUUUCACGUUUAAUAUAAAUAUUUGUAUCUUAUUGAAAAUUAAAAUUCUUAAACUUAUAGAAUACCAUCACUGAAUGAAAAUUUUAAUAUAAUUUAUUAUAGUAAUAACAUAAUAAUUCUUAAAAAUGCGUUGUUGUGUAUGUAAAGUACGUACAUAUAAUAAGGCUGAUAAAACUUCUAAAAUAAGUUUGUUUAGUGUACCUAAAACUGAUUCUUUAAAAUUUGAAUGGGAAAAGACCUUAGGUGUUCAUUUUAAAACUACUUCUAAAGUUUGCCGUGACCAUUUUAAAAGCGAAGACAUAAUUGAUACUUGGGUUUCUGGCCAAGGAUUAAACAAAUACACGAUUUCAUUAAAAAGACCAAAACUUCGAAAUGGAGCAAUUCCUAUUAAUUUUAAGUUAUUUCGCACUGAUACAUCUGUAUCUCAAAAUUUUGAAUCGAGUGUUAUACAUGUUCAAGUGCCAAAUAAGGAAUCAAUUUCAAUCAUUAACAAUGACCAUUGCUAUUACAAAGUUAAUGUUGAUACAACGGACAUAACAUUAUCUUUAAAUAAUUGUGCAUCAAUAUUGUCUUCACCAGAAAUAAUAGAAGUACAACAAAUUUCGCAUUUUAAAAAAAUUUUAGAUCAAAUAAACACAUUACAUAUUCCUAAAAAAUGGUAUUAUGAAUAUAUAACCAAAAAACACAAAAUCAUUAGUUUUCAUAAAUUGGGAUCACUCAGAGAUGAUUUUACAAGGAGUAUAGAAAAACAAUUAAUUUUAACUGAAGAUUUAGAACUAUUGCUCUUUGUUUAUAACAAGAAAAUCAAUAUAUCUGACAUUGGCUAUAUUUCUGAAUUGAAUACUGUGAAUACAUAUAAAGAAUUAUUGAGUAUAAUUAAAAAAUUUGAUGAAACUCUUGUAUGUCAAGGUGCAAUAUCUUCAAACAAAAUAAAUGAUAUUAAUUCUUCAUAUGGUUAUCAAUUUGUUGAAUCCUAUGGAGUAUGGAGACAUAUAAAAUGCUACACAAUACUAACAAAAGAUGAUUGCAUAAAUCGUAAUAUUUGUGUAUGGUGUAGACGUUUGUGGUAUAUUAUACAAAAUAGAAGAUUACGCAUGAAAAAUAACCAAACUACCCGUGUAUUCUUUUCUCCAGUGCAACAAAAGAAAUAUCAAGAAAUUAAAAGUCAAAAACUUUUAAUAAAAAAAAAAUAUUCCAGAGCAACAAAAAGAAUUAUUUUCCUUCAAAAUCAGUUAAACGAAAUAAAAACAAAAAUAAAAGAAAUCCCUGGAUUUAGUCUUGAAGAGCUUUUAGGUUAUAAUUAUUUAUUCUUCACUACAAACUACAAGUUAAUAGAUUACAUUUCCAUUUUGAUUGUUUUUACCGACUAUUUACUGGUUACUUCCAUUAUGAGUAUUUUCAAUUGGAUUAGUAAAAUAUUUAACAUCGAUAUCACGAAACCCAAUUUAAAUUUGCCUUCAGAAUUUCAACUACCUACUGAUGAUGCUGAAAAUAUUAAUACCGAAAUGCAUAAUUUAGAAAUUAAUGAUUUUACUGAUUCAUUCAAUAGAAGAAACCAUUAUGAUAAUGAUAGAAAUAUGUUUAAUCUUGAAGAUAUCUUUAGAUUAAUGGAAUUAGAAUUUCAAAAUUUACAAAAUCAUAUUAACGAAACUGAAAUUUCUGCGAUUCCAAUUAAUCAACCAUCAAAUAUGGAACACUUAAAUCGUAUACCAAAAAAAAAUUUUAUAGCACAAAGUACUUUUCUUAAUCCUAAUUCUAUAUCUUCAAGACCUUGGGAUGAACCUUCAAUUAACAUAACAAUAAAGAAUUCUGGACCACAAUAUUUUGAAAAGUUUGGCAGCUCUUCUUCGAGGUCUUCUUAUGUAUCUAAAAACUGGAAUGGCAGAAUAAUUGAAAAAGAAACCUCCACGAAUCAGAUACAAGAUGGAAUUAUUGAAACAGUUACUGUUAUGAAAGACGGGGGUAAAAAAUGUGUAGAAACAAUAACAGAAAAUUCAAAAACUGGAGAAAGAGUUGAAAAACUACAAUUAUCCAAUUUGGAUCAAAAUGAAUUGAAUGAAUUCAAAAAACAGUUUUCAAACUUCUAAUGGCAUGAAUAAGUUUGUGAAUGAAUAGACACAAAAUUACAAAAAUAUAGUUAUUCUCAGAUUAUGUACAAAACAGAAUUGAAUCAUUAUUUUGUGGAAAAUAUUAUUAUGGUGGCAUAGUUACAAUACAUUAUGACUCUCAAAAAUUAAA